ACCAAACCUUACCCUUGCAUUGGGAAGUUUGUCAUCCAAUUUUCACUCUAUUUUAGUCAAACCUAAGAAAAAUGAGCCCCUAAAGCAGAUUUGAGAGAGACUAAUUUAGAUAAAAAGUGGGCUCUUUUUACGCCCUGACAAAUGCCAAUAAAAUGAAUGCCACUUGGACUGAUUAAUAACCCCUCACUUAAGACCACUAUGUGUCUAAGAUACCCCCUCGUGAAUUGAUAAAUUUAAAGUUACCCCCUCUCUUUCCAUAGACCCGGGGGAGGAAAUGUGACACAAUGUUUAAAGUGUGAUUGUAAAAGAAGCGUGACAGUCCCCCUGUCUUAACGUACCUUCGCAGUUUACCAUCUUUAUUUAUACUUCCCCGCUGCAAAUUUUUGCAACACCCGAGAAAAAAAUUACCAUAAGAUACGUCUUGUUUCAAGAUUUAUAUUGUGACGACACGAGGCAAAUAGUAAAUAUUUCAACUUAAUUAAAAUUGUGACUCAGAAAACUUUAACAUCGUUGAAAAACGAAAAACAAAUUAAAAUUUGGCAAAUUUAUUGUUGAAAAGUCAAAAUCGGGCGGUGCUUAAGAAGACAGAAAUUUAACUCCUCCCAUCCAAUCAACGCCUCCAUAUCUACCUUUUGUUGUUCAAUCAAUGCUGGUUACCAGAGGCCGAAUAAAUCCCCCAUUAAUAGCCACAAUUUUACCCUCAUCAUUCAUCCUUUUCCUACUUAAUCCCUCAAAGUGAAAAAUGAGUAGAACUUUGAACCCUGAAAGUGUGACUUCAUACAACUUGAUGACCGAUCAGCCAUCCGACAACUAUGCGGACCCGACUGCCUCUGCUGACCCGAUUGAACCGACGACAAGACUUAACGUCGGCGGGCUAUUCGCACUCGUGUUGUUUUACUUCCUUAUUUUCCUCGUCGGUAUGUGGGCCGGAUGGAAGGGUAAAAAACACCGUACUCCGACGGCGCCCGACAACAAGCGCGACUCUCUGUCACCGGGGGACAACGAAGGCGUAAACAACAUUGGGGGAGAUACUGGACCUCCUGGGGUUCUGGUGGUACCCCCCAUCGACUUGACAGACCAUGAGAACUAUAUUCUGGCUGGGAGAAAUAUCGGAUGGCUUGUCGGUACUUUCACCAUGACAGCCACUUGGGUGGGUGGGGGCUACAUCAACGGGACUGCAGAGGCCCUCUACAACCCCGACCUGGGUCUCAUCUGGGCACAGGCACCAUGGGGAUAUGCACUCAGUCUGGUUAUAGGAGGAUUAGGCUUCGCGAGCGUUAUGCGAGGAGAGAACUUCAUCACUAUGAUAGAUCCAUUCCAGAAGAAAUAUGGCGAUGUAAUGGGUGUGCUUUUAUUCCUACCAGCUCUCUUAGCCGAAACACUGUGGUCUGCUGCCAUUUUAGCUGCCCUGGGGUCAUCAGUGACAGUGAUGAUGAAUCUGUCAAACAGUGUGAGCAUCAUCAGCUCCGCCUGUGUCGUCAUUGUCUACACCAUCUUCGGGGGACUCUACUCUGUCGCAUACACUGAUGUAGUACAACUCAUGCUCAUAUUCAUUGGACUCUGGCUGGUAGUUCCGUUUGCUCUCAUGCACGAGAAUGUGGCCCCCCUCAGCUACACAUCCUCCUCCUGGAUGGGCCAGUGGGGGGACAACUCCAGACUGGGACUGUGGCUGGACUACCUUGCACUAUUAGUAUUCGGAGGCAUCCCGUGGCAAGUCUACUUCCAGAGGGUGUUGUCGGCCAAGAGUGCGAGGAGGGCGGUGAUGUUGUCUAUGCUGGCUGCCAUCGGGUGCAUAUUCAUGGCACUCCCGGCCGCCAUCAUCGGCUGCAUCGGGGCAUCCGUCAAAGACUGGUCCAAGUUCGGAGACUUCAAGAACAACUCCAGUCCGCUGACCAAAGGCCAGAGUAAGACCAUCCUGCCCCUGAUCAUCAAUCACUGCACCCCCUCAAUAGUGAGCUGGGUGGGGCUGGGGGCGGUGUCGGCUGCUGUGAUGUCAUCUGCAGACAGUUCCCUCCUCUCCGCAAGCUCCAUGUUUACCAGAAACGUCUACAAAAUAGUCAUCAGACCCCAGGCGAAAGAGAAAGAAAUGGAGCGUGCUCUGAAAGUGUCAAUUCUCUCAGUCGGAAUUCUGGCCAUGAUUUUUGCCCUCAGCAUCGACUCCAUAUUUGACCUUUGGGUCAUGUGUUCCGACUUCGUCUACGUCAUUCUUUUCCCCCAACUAGUCGCUGUCAUUUACAUUCCCCAGUCUAACUCCUAUGGGUCAUUUAGUGGCUAUUGUGUAGGCUUCUUCUUCCGCGCAAUGGGGGGCAUCAAAGUGUUCGGGUUUCCCACUAUAAUCAAGUACCCCUAUUUUGAUCACGCGACCGGUGAACAACUUUUUCCCUUCAGAAGUUUCUCUAUGCUUCUCAGUCUUCUAAGCAUCACAAUUGUUUCCUACUUGUCAAAAUUUCUAUUCGAGAAGAAAUUUCUGGCGCCCUCUUGCGACGUGUUUUACUGCUACAAUCCCAGACCAAAUAUGGACAUUUCACAUGGUGAUCACGUGGGCGGAGCUGAGACUCGGGAUCCGAACAAGCAACGAGACAGCGAAAAUACUAACGCAGUCGGAGGAAAUCUGCUUUCGGCCUCAGCCAAUCAAAAUUCGACAGCGUCGACUUAUAGGGAGCCAAGGUCACACAGACAAUUACAAUCAAGCAUCUGUUGAACAAACUAAUUCUUGAUAAUGAUUUCUAUAUUUUGUGCAUUCGAAAUUUGCAUUUCUCGUAUCUAUUUUAGUUGAUCUUCAAAUGCUAUCAUUGAUUAGAUGUAACUUUGUAUAUAAAAUCAUAGUGAUAUAAAUGUUUUUUUUAAGUAUGUUGAAGAUUUCAUUUUUUGUUUUCUUAUUGUUACCAAAACCUUGUA